CAGCACCUCUGCUGUGCCCAUGGCUCGGCUCCUCGUGUCAGAGACAGCUGUCAGUGCCAGCUGGCACGGCGCUGCUAAACGAGAGGAGGAGGAGGAGGAGGAGGAGGAGGAGGAGGAGGAGGAGGAGGAGGAGGAGGAGGAGGAGGAGGAGGAGGAGGAGGAGGAGGAGGAGGAGGAGGAGGAGGAGGAGGAGGGUGGAGAGAGUGUGGUCGAGGGGGAGGAGGGCAGUGGAAAUGCUGCCGAGACGCUCGGAUAGAAGGCUCUAUCGUGGUCCACAGG